UCAAUGAAAGUUGCUUUGCACACUUGGGAGUGCAUGAGCUUUCUUUAGUUGUAGUUCUUGAUGAAGUGACUCCUACAGAAAACGGAUUUGUUCUUUUUUUCUUUCCCAAUUUUAUAUCAUAUGAUCUUGAGAAUAAGAUGCUGAUGACAUCACAUGCCAUUUUUUUUUAUAAUGGUUGCCCAAUGGGAUUUCAACCUUGGGUGGAAGCACAAGCCAUUUUUCUUGCUGCUGUAGCUUUAGUUAUAUGCUGAAUCCGGCUGUCUACUUUCUUUGAUGUCUCUUACGAUGGCACAACCAGGUGGACAUGAGAAGUCUGAACCUAAGGGAAUAGAGUUUGCAAAGGUUGGAAGAAGCAUUGGAUCAUCAGAAAUUCCAUCUUGGAACUCUACUGAUGGUGAUGAUGGGGUGCAUUUCUCACAAUGGGCUGCUGUUGAGAGAUUACCUACGUUUAAAAGGACUAGAACGGCGUUGUUCUGCGAAAAAGAUGAAGCAACGGGUAAAGGGAAUGAGAACGGGAGACGGGUUGUGGAUGUUACCGAACUCGAAACUCUUGAGAGGCAUUUGUUUAUUGAGAAGCUCAUCAAGAACGUUGAGAAUGACAACCUCCGAUUACUGCAGAAGAUCAAGAAGAGAAUUGACGAAGUUGGCAUAGAAUUACCAACAGUGGAAGUGAGGUUCAAGGACCUUGCCGUUGAAGCAAAAUGUGAAGUAGUUCGUGGAAAGCCUCUUCCGACCAUUUGGAACGCUAUCACGAGCAUAUUAUCCGGAAUUAUCUGUUCAAAGCAAAAAACAAAGAUAAGCAUUUUGAAAGGCAUCAGUGGCACCAUAAGGCCUGGGAGAAUGACGUUAUUAGUCGGCCCUCCCGGUUGUGGCAAAACCACGUUGUUACGGGCACUCUCCGGAAGACUUGACCAUUCUGUUAAGGUUGAAGGACAAAUAAAUUACAAUGGCUGCCUAAUUACAGAGUUUGUUCCUGAGAAAACAUCGAGCUAUAUUAGUCAAAAUGAUCUACAUAUUCCUGAGCUAAGUGUGAGAGAGACUCUCGAUUUCUCUGCGUGUUGCCAGGGCAUAGGAAGUCGUUCGGAAAUUAUGAAAGAGAUUAGUAGAAAGGAGAAGCUGGCGGGAAUAGUUCCAGAUCCCGACAUAGAUGCAUACAUGAAGGCGGUUUCAGCACAGGGUUUGGUGAAUAAUCUGCAAACUGACUAUAUCCUGAAGAUUCUAGGGCUCGAGAUCUGUGCAGACACACGGAUCGGAGAUGCCACGAGACCAGGAAUAUCCGGCGGCCAGAAGAAAAGGCUGACUACAGGGGAGAUGAUUGUCGGUCCGAUUAAAACUUUGUUCAUGGAUGAGAUAUCGAAUGGUUUGGAUAGCUCCACUACAUUCCAGAUAGUAUCAUGUCUCCAACAGUUUGCGCAUAUAGGCGAUGCCACCAUAUUGAUUUCACUUCUUCAGCCUGCACCAGAGACAUUUGAGCUUUUUGAUGAUGUAAUCCUUAUGGCAGAAGGAAAGAUAAUUUACCAUGGCCCACGAGUUUAUAUCUGCAGAUUCUUUGAGGGUUGCGGGUUUAGGUGUCCAGAGAGAAAAGGCGUGGCUGACUUCCUUCAAGAGGUUAUUUCAAAAAAAGAUCAAGAACAAUAUUGGUGCUGCAAAGACAAACCAUACAGUUAUAUUUCAGUCGACUCAUUUGUUGAGAAAUUUAGAGAAUCGGAUAUUGGUUUCCAGUUAGAAGAAGAGCUCUCAAAACCAGUGGAUAGGUCUGAGACUCACGAGGAUGCUCUAUGCUUUAGAAAAUACCCGUUGAGUAGAUGGGAGAUGCUAAAGGCUUGCUCGAGGAGAGAAUAUCUUUUGAUGAAACGAAAUUCUUUCGUCUAUGUAUUCAAAUCUGGACUCCUUGUUUUUGUUGCCUUGGUUACGAUGACUGUUUUUCUGAGGAAUGGAGCGAAAACAGAUAUCCUUCACGCAAAUUAUCUAAUGGGUUCUUUAUUCUUUUCGCUAAUCAUUCUCCUCGCUGAUGGACUUCCAGAACUUACAUUGACUGUCUCAAGACUUGCAGUGUUCUGCAAGCAGAAGGAUUUAUACUUUUAUCCUGCUUGGGCAUAUGCAAUUCCUUCGGCUAUCUUAAAGAUUCCACUUUCACUUCUUGAGGCAUUCAUUUGGACAGUGAUGACAUAUUAUGCUAUUGGUUACAGCCCCGAGAUCGGGAGGUUCUUUCGGCAAUUGCUGAUCUUUUUUGCAUUACAUCUCGCAUCUAUAUCCAUGUUCCGUGCUAUAGCCGCUGUCUUCCGUACAUUUGUUGCUUCCACGACUGCUGGAACUAUUUCCAUAGUGUUUCUCUCUCUAUUUGGAGGUUUCAUUGUUCCCAAGCCAUCCAUGCCUGCUUCGCUGGGAUGGGGAUUCUGGCUUUCUCCACUGUCAUAUGUUGAGAUCGGUGUAACUGCAAACGAAUUUUUCGCUCCUCGGUGGAAAAAGAUAACUGUUGGGAACACUACGGUGGGAGAACAAGUGCUCGAUGCCCGUGGAUUGAACUUUGGCAGUCAUUCUUACUGGGCAGCUUUCUGCGCUUUGAUUGGAUUUACGCUGUUCUUCAAUGCUGUUUUUACCUUAGCCUUGACCUUUCUGAAGACUCCACAAAGGUCUCGUGCCAUCAUUUCUCACGGGAAGAGAUCUCAGGGUUCGGAACAAGAUUACAAACUGUGUACUGGAAUCACUCCCAGAUCUAAAAAGGGUAAAAUGGUCUUGCCUGUCAAGGCUCUCACUCUCACAUUUAAAGACGUGAACUAUUUCAUUGAGACCCCUCAGGGAAAAAGGCUGCAGCUUCUCUCUGAUGUUACCGGGGCAUUCAAGCCUGGUGUUCUUACAGCUCUGAUGGGAGUUAGUGGAGCCGGGAAAACAACUCUGCUCGAUGUUCUUUCGGGAAGGAAAACCCGUGGUAUUGUUGAAGGAGAAAUCCGAGUAGGCGGGUUUCUCAAGGUUCAAGAAACAUUUGCACGUGUAUCGGGUUAUUGUGAACAGUUUGAUAUUCAUUCUCCCAAUAUAACUGUGGAAGAGUCCUUGAGAUAUUCCGCUUGGCUUCGGCUACCUCAUGACAUCGACGCAAAAACUAAGAGAGAAAUCGUCAAUGAAGUCCUUGAGACAAUAGAACUUGAGGAGAUUAAAGAUUCAAUGGUGGGAACUCCUGGAAGUAGUGGUUUGUCUACAGAACAACGUAAAAGGCUGACAAUCGCCGUGGAGCUUGUUGCUAACCCUUCAAUCAUAUUUAUGGAUGAGCCCACGACAGGACUAGAUGCAAGAGCCGCUGCAAUUGCCAUGAGAGCUGUGAAGAACAUCGUAAAGACUGGAAGGACAGUGGUUUGCACCAUCCACCAGCCAAGCAUAGGCAUCUUCGAGGCAUUUGAUGAGCUGAUUCUGAUGAAAAACGGGGGACGGGUUAUUUAUUACGGCCCUCUGGGACAACAGUCAUGUAAAGUUAUCAAAUACUUCGAGGACUAUUUACCACAGAACAUUCCCGGAGUUCCAAAAAUUAAGGAGGGCUGUAAUCCAGCCACUUGGAUGUUAGACAUCACUUCUCUGUCUUCAGAAAAGAGGCUCGGUAUAGAUUUUGCACACGAAUACGAAUCAACCUUGUAUAAGGAGAACAAACUGGCGGUUGAGCAACUGAGCUGUCCAUCCCCGGGAUCAGAAGACUUGAGAUUUUCUUCGUGUUUUGCUCAAACAGGUUGGGAGCAAUUCAAGGCAUGUCUUUGGAAACAUCAUCUGUCAUAUUGGAGAAACCCUUCGUACAACCUCACGCGCAUCCUCUUUGUGUGCCUCAGCUCUGUUCUGUAUGGCCUUCUCUUCUGGCAGAAAGCAGAUAAAAUAAAUAACCAGCAGGAUCUUUUCAACAUAUUGGGUUCGAUGUACAAUACAGUUCUCUUUACGGGAAUAAACAAUUGCUCGACAGUGCUGUACUGUGUUGCUACAGAACGAAACGUCUUCUACCGGGAAAGAUUUGCUCGAAUGUACUCUUCAUGGGCGUAUUCAUUUGCUCAGGUGCUAGUCGAGGUUCCUUAUUCGCUCGUACUAACCCUUAUGCAUGUGAUGAUAAUAUAUCCUAUGAUCGGUUACUACUGGUCGGUCCACAAGAUGUUAUGGACCAUCUACAGUGUUUUCUGCUCGCUUCUCAUCUUCAACUACUUUGGAAUGCUUCUGGUUGCCAUUACUCCAAAUCUUCACAUAGCUUUCACCCUCCGCUCGUCUUUUUACACAAUGGUGAAUCUCUUCUCCGGCUAUGUCAUACCAAAAUCGAACAUUCCGAGAUGGUGGGAAUGGAUGUAUUACCUGAGUCCGACAUCAUGGGUGUUAAAUGGAUUACUCACUUCGCAGUACGGAGAUGUCGAAAAAGAGAUAUCGGUGUUCGGACAGAAGAAGACAGUUCCGGAUUUCUUGGAAGAUUACUUUGGUUACAGACGAGAUUUCUUGGCUGUUGUCGCUGCUGUUCUCUUUGCUUUUCCCGCCCUCUUAGCCUUUCUUUUUGCAUUCUUCAUCGGCAAACUCAAUUUCCAAAAGAAGUGAUUUUGACACAUAUUGUCAUCCUUUUUUUUUUAUGUAAUGGUUAUGGGAAGAACACUAAAACAUUAGAUGGUGGAUAUAUAUGUUAUUUGUAAAGCUUAUUUGAUUAUUUUCUUUCUUA